UUUUUGGUAGCAUCUCUGAGCAGUCUCCUACUUACACGUCAAGUCAUUCACUGUAGGGCCUGAUUUCGGUCAGGUUUUGAUGGUGCCAAACACCUUCUGGUUUUUAAUCAUCUUCAUUUAGCUUAAAGGAAUAUAGGAGGCCUUUGAAAUACUGGCAUACCCAUCCCCUGAUCUGUGCCUUUCCACAACUUUCAGACAGCACCAGCAGAACCACUGUCUGUACCCUUCAGGCUAAGACCAGCUGAUUUCUAAAUCUGGAGAACCAAUAUUCACUGAAAACUUAGGGACAAGGAGAACAACUGUACAAGUUGAGAGGAUGAAUGGUCUGGUCAAAUCUACAACCAUUACCACCUAUACAUACUUUAUACUAUGUUUUGUCAGUGUCAUCAUCACCAUCAGAAGGUGAUUGUUUGCAAAUGACCCCAAAACCUAUAAUGGCUGUCUUUACUUUCUUCAGUUCUCUGGAACUGACUCAUUUUGCCUGGAUUUCAAUAACUGCAAUAAGCUGAGGACCAGCCCCCCCUUUCUCUCCGUCAGCAUGCCACUAUCUUAUAAAAGCAGAGCUUUUUUCCUCCACUCUGCACGACAACACCUGAUCACUACUACCUUCAAGAGAUGCAGUGUACCACAACAGACAAGACGGCAAUGGAACAGUUUUCCCUGCUUUUUAUUGGCAUUCUUGUUCUCUCACUUCCUCGAACCACUCUCUGUUCCCCUAUUUCUAUAGCAGCAGCAGUGGAAGACUGUAAACCACACUGUGGGACCAAUACCAACAACACUUCUGUUGAAAACAUCUCACAUAGUGCAGACCGUACUUCUGCUGGAAAAGUGACUGGUGGAGGCAGCACUAUCACUGGCAACUUAUCAGGUGAUCGAGUCAGUAAAUCCACUGGCAGCAAAUCAGGCGGUCGGGGCAGCAAAUCCAUUGGCAACAUAUUGGGCGGUCGAGGCAGCGAAACAAUUGGACAUUUAUCAGGCGGUCGAGGCAAAAAAUCACAUGAUGGAGGCAGUACUUCCAUUGGCAACAUAUCAGGUGGUGGAGGCAAUGCUAACAUUGGUAAUGUCUCAGGUGGUGGAGGAAGUACUACCAUUGGCAGCAUAUCAGGCGGAAGAGGCUGUACUUCCAUUGGCAACAUCUCACAAGCUAGAGGCAGCAAAUCCAUUGGUGAUGUAUCAGGAAGCGGAGGCAAUGUUAACAUUGGCAACGUAUCAGGUGGUGGAACUGUUACCAUUGGUGACAUAAAGGGUGGUGAAGGCUGUAAAUCCAUUGGUAACAUAUCAAGCAGUGGAGGCAAUGUGAACAUUGGCAACGUAUCAGGUGGUGGAAGCAGUACCAUUGGUGACAUAAAGGGUGGUGGAGGCUGUAAAUCCAUCGGUGACAUAUCAGGCACUGGAGGCAAUAGUUCCCAUGACAACAUUUCAGGUGGUGGAGGCAAUCAUAACAUUGGUAACGUCUCAGGUGGGGGAGGAAGUGUUACCAUUGGUAACAUAUCAGGCGGAGGAGGCUGUACUUCCAUUGGCAACAUAUUAAACGGUGGAGGCAGCAGAUCCAUUGGCAACAUAUCAGGCAGUGGAGGCAAUUCUAACAUCGGCAAUGUAUCAGGCGGUGGAGGCAAAGUUAACAUUGGCAACAUUUCAGGCGGUGGAGGCAAUUCUAACAUCGGCAAUGUAUCAGGCGGUGGAGGGAGCACCAUUGGCAACAUAAAAGGUGGUGGAGGCAACAAGAACAUUGGCAACGUUGGAAAAAGGACUGGCCAACAUUAGGGCCGUCUUUUAGCUCCACCGAAAACCUCUUAUCAUCCCUGCUGGGAGGAUGAUUUCCCACACUGGAUGUGGAUGGGGUGGAACUACAGUAUCUUAGACAUGAAUUAAUUACACAUUGUUCUUAGUGCUUCCAGAUACACUCUAUGUGUAUGGUAUAAAUAACCAAUGUAACCGUUCUUGCAGUAAAGGCUAGAUUCCUUAGGGUGAUGUAGACGUCAAAAUGAUACUCUGGAGGUCGUGGUAAAUCAUCACUGUGCUGAUUAGACACCCGUGAUAAAAGUCUGAUCAGCACAGCAGUGAUAAAAAUGAGCAGUUUACCACUUAUUGGGCUCCUUAAUUCAAGAAAAUCAACACAUACAACACAUCGACAUAUUCUAAUUUGACAUGUCAUAAUUCGUUGGAUGAUCAUGUCGUAGUCACCAACUCCAUUAUUAUUAAGAUCUAAAGUUAGUUAAAAGUCAGCUGGCUAAUGGAUGGGGUUUCUCUCCUGUCAGCUGUGCCCACUAGAGCCAGAUGCUCUUCCCCAGGUCAUUCAGGAUGCUCCAAUGAGGUCCAGCCCAGCUUCCAUCCAGCUCAGCAUCACUCAGAUCCUCUCUGCCCUAGGCCCGGUUUUCUAAAGCACUAAGAUGCAUGUUAGUGCCUCGUUAUUUUAUCAGUGUGUUUCCCAAAAGCAUCGUUACCUAAGUGUCACGUAACUUCGCUCCCUAAUUAAGUUAGUCCAUCUUGGACGAUCUUAACAGGCACUUUACUGUUUUUGUGAAACUGUGCCUCCCUCAACAUGAGAGGAAUGCUCGCAAACAGUUAAUAUCAAGGCAAUAGAACGAAUGAAACAUAUCAAAACAGUUUUGAUUUAGACACAUUCAUUUAGACAAAUUAGAUAAGUACGUGACUGGGUGUAAAUGUAACUGAAUGCAAUUGGUCAGCUGAGGAUAAAGAGAAACGUACGUAAAACAAGAAAUAGGCUAAUUAAGAAAAAGUGUUCAAAAUUAACCGUUCACGAGUCUGAAAGCCUGCAUGGUACUACUACUAUUAUUUGAUGGAUAGGUGCUGGUGUCUCAACCACAUCAAGAAGAACACUACCAGAAUGCAAACAUGUUUUCUCUUGCGUUUCAUUUGUAUUCCAAACAAUUAGAAUAGAUUUUUCUCACUAUGCUUUAUAUUCCCAGUUAACCAAUCAUGUGUUGAUUGGUGUGUGACUUAUAUUCUUUAUAGCUACUGGAGGAAUUGAUAAUUGGAUGUCACGUGAUCAAUUUCCGGAGAUAUGAUUUUGAUUGGCUGACGUCAACCCCCAUUGGUUGCAAAUCACAGUUUCGUCCACCAUAAAUUUCUCUACUGCUUCGAGUUUAAAAAUGUCUUGUAGUAGUUGAA